UUGGGUGGUUUUGCCUCCACACGUCACAUAUGUUCUUAAAUGGUCUUUCUUUAAAGACAAGUCAGCUACGCAAACAGUUAUGAAAAUGAAACAGGUUGAAAGAGCAUUUAAAUUCCCGCCUUGCAGAAGGAGGAGAAGAGAGAGUGCAUCAAAUUUUUCCUCUUGAAGCGGUGGGCGAAGUCUGGUGGUUGACAUGGGAAGGGGUUUUGGCGAUGGCAAAGGAGAAGACGGCGACUUCGUUGUUGUCCAGGAAGACUAUAUCCACGCAUUCCAGCAGUUCCUAAUAAAUCACCAUCUAGAAGCUUUGGAAGCCAUUCUUCUUGCGGAGGAUGAUACGCUUCAUUAUCCUCUACAAGUCGACUUUGCAGAGCUUCUGGAAGCAAGCCCUCCUUUGGCCAAUCUCAUUUACACUCAACCCGCCAGGUUCUUGCCCCUUUUUGACAAUGCUGCUCGUUUAGCUCAGAGUGUGGUUCUUGAAGCGCACAAACACAUUGAGAAUAUGUCCGUUAAGGGAAAUGUUCAUGUUCGUCUUGACGUGAAUGGUUCUGCUAUGGACUGCCCGGAAACUCAUCCAUCAAUUGGACGCGUGAGAGUAAAGGAUAUGGGUAAACUAAUUACACUUCAAGGAACAGUCAUCCGAUCUGGAGCAAUAAAGAUGCUUGAAGGAGAGCGAGAAUAUGAAUGCACUAAAUGUAAGCACAGGUUUAAAGUUUUUCCAGAGUUGGAGACAGGAAAUACUGUCAGGCAGCCAAUGUCAUGUCCUUCCCAGAGAGUAAACAGAUGUCAAGGAACUAAUUUCAAGUAUAUAGAGGAUAGCAAAAUGUGUCACGACUAUCAAGAAAUCAAAAUCCAAGAAAAUAUGCAAUCUCUUGGUGUUGGUUCUGUACCUCGCUCUAUACCUGUCGUUUUGAAAGAUGACCUUGUUGAUUUUGUCAAAGCUGGUGAUGAUAUCAUUGUGACAGGUCUUCUUUUUGCAAAAUGGCGUCCUGUCUCAAAAGAUGUUCGAUGUGACCUUGAUCUAGUUUUGCUUGCUAACUAUAUAAGGAGAACGAAUGAGCUGAAGUUAGCAGUUGACAUCUCAGAGGAAGCUAUUAAGCAAUUUGAGGGAUUUUGGAUGCAUUUUAAAGACAAUCCAUUGAAGGGAAGAAAUAUUAUUUUACAGGGCAUUUGUCCACAAGUGUAUGGGCUAUUUACGGUAAAGCUUGCAGUUAUGUUGACUUUAAUUGGAGGUGUGCAACAUGCAGAUGCUUCUGGAACAAAGGUUCGCGGAGAGUCCCACUUCUUGUUGGUGGGCGAUCCAGGUACAGGAAAGUCUCAGUUUUUAAAGUUUGCUUCAAAGCUUAGUCAUCGUUCUGUAAUAACCACUGGAUUAGGGAGCACUAGUGCAGGUCUCACGGUAACUGCAGUCAAGGAUGGAGGUGAAUGGAUGCUGGAAGCAGGAGCACUUGUUUUGGCUGAUGGUGGCCUUUGUUGCAUUGACGAAUUUGAUAGCAUAAGGGAACCAGAUAGAGCAACCAUUCACGAAGCAAUGGAGCAACAAACUAUAAGUGUGGCUAAGGCUGGGCUUGUCACAACUCUCAACACCAGAACUACCGUAUUUGGUGUCACUAAUCCAAAGGGACAGUACGAUCCUUAUCGAUCACUUUCUGUUAAUACCAGCCUUUCUAGUCCACUUCUCAGCAGAUUUGAUAUAAUUUUAGUUCUAUUGGAUACAAAGAAGCCAGACUGGGACAAAAUUGUAUCAUCACAUAUAUUAUCUGAGCAUGAACAGAAGGAGAAAGUUAGUGCAAAUGAUGACUUAAGGGGGUUGUGGACCUUGCUUAUGUUAAGAAGGUACAUCCACUUUGUAAAGGGGAAUUUCCGUCCAGUCUUAACGAAGCAGGCAGAAAGAGUGAUUUCAAGUUAUUAUCAACUGCAGCGGAGAUCAGCAACACAGAAUGCUGCAAGGACAACUAUUCGUAUGCUUGAGAGCUUGAUUAGAUUAGCACAAGCACAUGCCAGACUCAUGUUCAGGGAUGAAGUAACCCGACUGGAUGCCAUUUCUGCAAUUAUAUGUGUUGAAUCAUCUAUGACAACGUCUGCCAUACUUGACAAUGUUGGCAAUGUGCUUCAUUCCAGUUUCACAGAAAACCCUGAUGAAGAAUAUGCAAAACAGGAAAAACUUAUUCUUGAAAAGCUGAAUCUUGUGGAUAAUACUUUUGACAACCAAAAUGGAUCUGAUGGCAUCGCAAAGAAUGUUGAAGCUUCAAAUCAUCAAAGAGUAAAUAAUAAUCAGCCUGUCAAUGGAACAAACAGUUGCAAUGGCAAGUCAAACCUGCGACCAUGCAGUUAUGGGGAUGCACACACAAAUCUGGGAAAAAGUCAUCGGGAAACCAGGGUUGACUGAACCUAACAUUUGUGUAAAUAAUGCUGUUCGCAUGGUUUAAUGAUUACUUUGGUCAUUUCUAUUGAUAAAGAUACAUAACCAAUGUUAUAUUUAGAUUAUGUAGCUAACCUUUAGUGGCUCUGUGAUUUAACUAGAUAAUUCUUUAACUUUGUAAAAUGUAUUAUAUAAUCUGUCAUUUGUAAGGAAAGAGGGCUUCCAGGUUACGGUGCUUCCUGAAAUACUGGAAAGCUGUUCGGGUACAAUAUACAGCAUCAAGUUCUCUACAGUUCUAGAUGACUUUCACACAUGCUUGUGCAAGUUGCUAUAAAAUGGCGUAAUUUUUUUCCUGCAAUA